AUGAGAAACAUCAUGGAAUCAUGGUUCCCGAGGCCGAUCAGAUCCGACCCUGGCAAGAAGGAUCCUAAUUUAUGGUGCGAAUAUCAUGGGACUCAUGGCCAUCGAACUGGGAACUGCCGACAUCUGCGCGAGGAGCUGGAAACGCUGUUAAAGAACAUCCAUCUGAGGGAAUUCUUAAGCGAUCAGGCCAAGAACAAUUACGGCCCCAAGAAGACAAAGGUAUCAGUGACUCAUAGCAAGAAACUUCGGGAAGUCGCCGAAGACGAUAUCACUUUCACAAAAGAAGAUGCCGACGGACUUCUUCUGCCGCACAAUGAUGCCCUAGUAAUUUCUCUUAACGUUCUAGAUUUCAAGAUUAAACGCAUUUUGUUUGACCUAGAAAGUUCAGCAACAUCAUUCAAUGGAGAGUAA